UAUCUUUCAUCAGCGCAGCAGUCAACGUUGAUAGGUUUUCAAGAGAAGAUUAUACGCGCGUUUCUUUUUAUGAAGUACAGUCAACAUGGAAAUCGUCAUACUUUUCUUAAUUCUCGUUGGAAUCGUGGCGUAUUACUUUUAUCUGGUUAGAAAUUAUAAUUACUGGCGUGAUCGCGGUAUUCCCUGCGCGAGGGAUGUUCUUCCCGGAUUCGGGCAUAUGUGGCCGGUGGUUUCCCUGAAGAUGAGUAUGCACGAUCUCAUCCGAUGCAUUUACGACAGUCAUCCGAAUUGCAGCAUGGUCGGCUUGUACGAUAAAACAGUUCCCGCGUUGGUUGUACGCGAGCCGGAACUAGUGAAGACGGUGAUGCAGACGAACUUCGCGAGCUUCGCCGAAAAUCAGUUGAAGCUCGAUUCUCAGCUGGAUCCGCUGCUUUCUCUGAAUCCUUUCUUUACGGCCGGCAACGUGUGGAUCACAUCUAGGAAGCGCUUCACGCACGCGUUCUCCGGCAUGAGAUUGAAGUUGCUGUUUGACUGCGUAGAACGGGUGUGCGAGAAAUUCGAGAACUACUUAGACCGGAAGCUGAAGAGCGGUGCGCUAGAAGUCGAGCUAAAGGACUUGUUCUCCAGGUACACCGGCGAGGUAGUGGCUGACGCUGCUUUCGGCGUGGAAGGUUUCUGCUUCGAGGAUGAUAUUCGUCGAGAGUCUUUUCUCACGAUCGGUAGAUCGAUAUUUGAGCCGAGCUUCCUCAGCAAGAUCGUGCAGACUCUUAAUUUCUUUCUGCCCCAGUUCAACCGGAUCUUCCAGAUGCCGUUUUUGCCGAAAGAAGCGGAUCGUUUCUUCCGCGACAUCGUCAAACAGGUGUUGCAGCACAGACAGCGAGAGAGCGUGAGAAGGAACGACUUUUUUCAAUUAAUGAUGGAUCUGGAGAAAAGCGCGAACAAUCACUACGACGAGGAAGUACUCGCCUCUCACGCUCUCGGCUUCUUCUUCGAUGGUUACGAAACGUCCAGUAUCACGAUGAGCUUUAUCGGCUACCAGCUAGCCCGACAUCCGCAAAUUGUUCAGAAACUCCGCGACGAAGUGGAGAGCGUGUUGGCUAGAUAUGACAAUCAGCUGACCUACGAAUCCUUGAAAGAGAUGACAUAUAUGGAUCAGGUGAUCAACGAAUCGCAGCGGCUCUAUAGCGCGUUGGCUAUCUUCGGCAAGAUCUGCACUGAAGAAAUCGAGCUGAAGGGCUCGGACGGACUGUCCUGCCGUGUGCGACCGGGAACGCUCAUCCUGAUGUCCGUCGACGGCCUGCACAGAGACCCGAAAUACUGGCGUGAACCGCAUAUCUUUGACCCGGAUCGAUUUGCAGCGGAUAAAAAGGCGGAGAUCACAAAAUACACUUUUCUACCGUUUGGCGAAGGCCCGAGAAUCUGCGUAGGUAUGAGAAUGGGUCUGUUGCAAAUGAAGGCUUGUCUGGCUACGUUAGUAAGAAAGUAUACCUUGGAGUUGUCGCCGAAAACCAAGGAACCCUUGAAGAUGCUGCCUGGCAGUUUUCUAACGGCGCCUGUCGGUGGAUUGUGGGUUAAUAUUAAACGUCUUUAGUUUCUCGUUUUGUAUACUAUUUUAUUUAUAAUUCUUAUAGUAUAUUGUCAUAACUGCGUAUAUACAUUUGAAAUAAGUCAAAACACUUUUCCGGCAAGUGUAUAAAACGAUAAUAAUAAUAUAUUGAUACCCUGA